CAAAUAAAAUAGGUCGUCCACGUCUUGGCCAUUAUCUGCUGUAGUUUUGCUUCUAAACAGUUUGCAUUAAAAUCGAGAACAUGAAUUUUAAAGACUUCUUCAGUUUGUUGUUCUCCAUAUGCAUUUUACUGCAGUCGUGUUCAGCUGCUACCGAUAAGGUAUUUUGCUAUUAUGAAUCAUGGGACGAAGCAAUUAUGAGCCCAGAAGACAUAGAUGUGAAUAUUUGCACCCACAUAAAUUACUCCUUCAUGGGAAUUAACGAAGAUGGCUCUCUUCGACUGGACGGAUCAGAUGACAUAUUGAACCGUUUAAGCGCCUUAAAAUCAAAGAAUUCCAAUUUAAAAUUAAUUCUAAGUGUUGGUGGAUGGGCAGAAGGGUCAACUCCUUUCUCGAAUGUUGCAGCCGAUGCUACCAAAAAAGCUACCAUGGCCGAGAGUACCUUGUGGUAUCUCCAAAUUUACAAUUUUGAUGGGGUGGAUAUCGACUGGGAAUAUCCUGGCGAAAGAGGUGGAACUCCAGCCGAUCAAGAAAACUUCAUCGAUAUGCUCUGGGUUCUUCGCAACAAAUUUAACGACAACGGUGGCUAUCUGAUAACAACAGCUGUAUCUUCUGAUCCCGAUGCUGGAGCUUACAAUGUUGCCGCCAUUUCAGAUGUAGUGGACUACAUUAACGUGAUGACUUACGACUUGCAUAGUGCAGCCAACGGUAAAACUGGACAAAAUUCUCCUCUCUAUGCUUCAUCGACUGACAGCGACUGGGAACAAAGUCACGCUAAUUGUGACGCUGCUAUAAAUAAUUGGUUCAACAGAGGAGCAGCACCUGAAAAAACCGUUCUUGGUUUAGGCUUUUACGGACAUGGUUUCACAUUAGCUGAUCCCAAUAACCAUGGAGUUGGAGCACCGGUUGUUGGGGAGGGGCAAGGAGGUUCAUAUGCUCAGAUUUGUGCUCUAGUUGAUGGAUGGACGGAAGUAUGGGACGACGAACAGGAAAACCCAUAUAAAUAUUCGGAUGAUCAGUGGAUUGGUUUUGACAACCCUCGGUCUAUUGGGCUAAAAGUGCAAUACGCAAAAAGUAGGAAUUUGGGAGGUGUGAUGAUGUGGGCUGUGGAUCAAGACGAUAAAAAUGGUGUGUGUGGUACUCAAAACGCAUUGUUGCAAGCUAUUAAAGACAAUUUAUAAUCGAUGUAUACUUUUCUCUUGGAGUGAGUGGACCUGGAUUUGUGGUGCAACUGCUGAUCAUUUGGAUAUUAAAUAUAUAAUACUA